GAAGAGAGAGAAGCUGGAGGAAGGAGAAGAGGAGCGGAAGGAGGAGGAGAAGGAGAAGCUAGAAGAGAGGAGCCAUCUUCCUCAACAUCGAGUCUUCCCCAAUUUCUUCUAUGUAUCUUCUUCCCUCCUUUAUGGAGUAGUCUUCUAAUUAAGGAUGCGUCCGUUCUACCACCCUAGUUCUCGAUGAGAUUGGGCCAUCUAUCUCGAUGGAACAUAAUGCAAACCUUACCUGACCUUUGGAAUGUGAAGAGGUGGCAGUGGCAUUAAAAUAGAUGGAGAAGCGAAAAUCUCACGUAGCUGAU